UACUCUACUCUAUUCUACUCUACUCUAUUCUACUCUACUCUACUGUAUUCUACUCUACUCUAUUUUACUCUACUCUAUUCUACUCUACUCUACUCUCCUCUACUCUCUUUUCCCAUGUUUGCAAUCCCAACACUAACCCCUGUGCCACCUCCCAGGCCCAUAAGACACUCAAGAUUUUAAGGAUCCAUUCAGCUGUUACAACUUCCACUGUGCACUGACAUUUCCUGAGAUGACCCAAGAUCUAAAGCAAGCUAGAGAUGAAGAAAGAAAGGAAGAGUAAAAUGUCACCAAGCAAGACCAUCAAUUGAUCAAUGAGAACAAACAGCCUGAGAAUCAGACAUACAGAUGCUGCAUGUCCUGCGUCUACAUAGGGAACUCAAAGCCCAGAGCAGGUCACCAUGAACACACCCAUCAUCUGUGACUACGGUUCUGCCUUCAGCAAGGUGGGCUUUGCAGGAACAGACCAGCCCCGCUCCAUCUUCCCAACCAUCCUGGGGAAGUUUCGCUAUGAUUAUCCAAAGGUGGGACUGGAUAAAGAAGACUGCUUCAUCGGCAGAGAAGCUCAGGACAAACGAAGCCAACUCUCCCUGCAGUCUCCCAUCUCCCGGGGGGUCAUCGUCAACUGGGACGACAUGGAAAAGCUGUGGCACUACGCCUUCUACACUCAGCUCCACGUUGCCCCAGAGAAGCAUCCUCUGAUGCUGACAGAGUCUCCUACAAUCUCAAUGGAAGACAAAGAAAAAGUGUCACAGAUCCUAUUUGAGACCUUCAAUGUGCCUGCUUUAAACUUAUCCAACCAAGGGGUCCUCUCUCUUUUUGCCUCUGGCUACACAUCUGGAACCAUCAUCGAAUCUGGAGAAGGAAUGACGUACUUUGUGCCCAUCAUUGAGGGCUGUCCAUUGCAUCUUUCAACCCUCAAGACAGACGUGGCAGGUCAAGACCUAACCUUGUACCUACUGAAGCUCCUGUCAAAGGGAAGGAACGUGUUAGUGGGAACAGUGGACCAGGAGUGCAUCCGGCAGAUGAAAGAAAAAUGUUGCUAUGUGGCUUUGAACUUUGAGAAGGAGAAAGGCAACCUGGAUCCCUGCACAAAGAAAUUCCAGCUUCCCGAUGGCGAAGAGAUCACACUCGGGCAGGAGAGGUUCUUCUGUCCUGAAGCCCUUUUCCAGGCAGACCUCAUAGAGAAAAAUAGCCUUGGCAUCCACAUGUGGGCCUACAAGGCCAUUAGCUCCUGCUGCCCCAGCCUCUGGAAGGUCCUCUUCAGUCACAUCCUGCUCUCAGGAGGCACCGGCUCCUGCAAUGGCCUGCAGCAAAGGUUGCAGAGGGAAAUGUCCGAGCUGGUGUCCCCAACACUGGUUGUGAAGGUGUCCACCUGCCCGUUUUCUAGAUAUGGAGCCUGGAUAGGCGGCUCUAUCCUGGCCUCACUCUCCAGCUUUGAGAACAUGUGGAUCACUGACAAAGAAUAUAAAGAGAACGGCCUCUCCAUCAUCAGGAGGAGAAGCUACUGACGGCUGUGCAACCCCAUCACCACCAUCAGCACCAUCUCCAGGAUGGACACUCAGCUGAGCUGUCUCAAAGAGACCUCACAAGCUACUGUAAUGCAAAGAGCGCCCCGACCUCAGUUUAAAUUUAUAUAUAUCAAUAAAAGACAGCUCAUUACAUCCUGGAAAAUGCUCAGUGCUCACAAAUACCCGCUGUGUGAACCAGGAGUAGUGACGGGGAGUUGGGUAUAUCAGAGAAUGCUGUGUUGCAGUAACACAUAUCCCCAACAGCUUCCUAUCCUAAGGCAUUUCUGUUUCUCCCUCGUAAGGAUUUUCAUGAAGAUCAGUGAAGCUCUUGCCUCCUGUGUCCUCUCUGCAGCCUGUCUGGAGACAGGUGGCCAUGGGGGCAUAGUAAACUGAGAUCCGACCCA